ACAACAUCCGUUCGAACGGCAGCAAGCUCCAUGGCGGCCCCGGCGCUUUCGAUCGACACGCAGCAUGAUGACAUGAUCCACGAUGCGCAACUGGACUACUACGGCAAGCGGCUCGCUACCUGCUCGUCGGACCGGACCAUCAAGGUCUACGACGUCACGGCCGACGCCCAGCACACGAACGAGCGCGUCUUGGCAGGCCACGAAGGCCCCGUGUGGCAGAUCAGCUGGGCGCACCCUAAGUUUGGCACGCUCCUCGCGUCGUGCUCGUACGACGGCAAGGUCAUCAUCCACAAAGAAGCCCAGCACGGUCAAUGGUCGCAGAUCCACACGCAUGCGUUCCACCAGUCGUCGGUCAACUCGAUCGCGUGGGCGCCGUACGAGUAUGGGCUCAGCCUCGCGUGUGCGUCGGCGGACGGCAAGGUGUCGAUCCUCACGCACUCGGCGGUGGAAGGCUGGACGACGAGCUACUUUCAGGACAGCACGCUCGGUGUCAACGCGGUGAGCUGGGCGCCGUACCACAGCCUCGGUCUCCAGGGCAAGCGCGUCGUGACGGCGUCUUGCGACAACACGGUCAAGGUCUGGGCCCUCGCCGAUGGUGCGACCGAGUGGGUCAAGGAGGAUUUGCAUCAGUCGCAGCCGCACCACAGUGACUGGGUCCGCGACGUGGCGUGGGCGCCGUCGACUGGCGCGCCGUCCAACCUCAUUGCGAGCGCAUCGGAAGAUCGCACCGUGUGCAUCUGGACACAGGAAGAGACGCCGUCGGGCGAACCCUCCAAGUGGACCAAAGAGCUCUUGCACACGUUUGAAGCGCCCGUGUGGCGCGUGAGCUGGUCCGUCACGGGCAACGUCCUCGCCGUCUCGACCGGCGACCACAAGGUGUCGCUCUGGAAGGAGUCGCUCGACAAGAAGUGGCUGCAGAUCUCGAGUGUCGACGAAGUCGGCGCGUUGCACCAAGCGACGCAGUAGUCGGUCGACGCACCGUCGUCACACAGCCUCUUGCAAUACAUCCGUUUCCCACUCUUAUCGCCAGGCACAAGCAGAAUACGAUGUCCUUACGCAA